UCCCGCCAUCUUGUGCCCGCCUGAGGGACCUCAAGAAAGCAGGGAGUGGGAAUUUUUUUUUAACUUUUUUCCCUGAGCCAUGGCUGUGGUGCCGCGGGAGAGCUUCCAAAGGACGAGAGAAGGCGAUCCUUCCCCUCACAGAGUGUGUGGGCACUUGCCAACAUUUUAUUAAACACGUUCUCUUCCCGUGGCCCCUCCCGCCAUCUUGUGCCCGCCCACACGAGUUCGCGCCCCUCACGCCGCCGUUGCCCCGCAACGCCCAAGCGGCCGCGGUGAAUCCGCGGUGCCGGCGGGGCCGAGGCGAAUCCGCGGUACCGGCGGGGCUGAAAUCCCCGGUACCGGCGGGGCUGAAAUCCCCGGUACCGGCGGGGCCGAGGCGAAUCCGCGGUACCGGCGGGGCUGAAAUCCCCAGUACCGGCGGGGCUGAAAUCCCCGGUGCCGGCGGGACUGAGGCGAAUCCCCGGUGCCGGCAGGGCUGAGGCGAAUCCCCGGUACCGGCGGGGCUGAAAUCCCCGGUACCGGCCCGAUGGAGCCCACCAACUUCAUAGCGCGGGACAAUAUCUGGAAAAACCAUAUUGAAAAGGAGGAAGAUGCUGCAAAAACAUGGGCUGAAAAAUGGGGAUUUUUUAAAACACCUCUUGAGAAGUUGAUUGGAGAGGAAAAGAAAAAAGAUGCAAAGCCCAAGCUACAGCUUCCAGAUCACCUGCAGAUUCGACCUGUGACACCUGUGGAAAAAUACAUUAAGGUGCUUCCAUCUCCUCCAAUACCUAAAACUACCCAGGGGUUUAUUGGCUGGAGAUCAGCUGUUCCAGAACUGGCACUUGAGGACAAUUAUCAAAUGCAAAGCUGCAAAGGAGCUGUCGGUAGUAAGAAGUGACCAUGUGAGCCCUCUGAGUGACAUUAUUAAAUGAAAAGGCACAAAGAUCCAUCUGCAUUCCUGAGGAAAUAUCCUGUAGUGAGCUGUUGAACAUUUCUCCUAUUUAUGUGAAAAUCCACAAUCAUUUUAGGAAAGUGUGAACAUUUUCAUUUUACUUAAUUGAAUCUACAGCAUCCAAGCUGUUAACUCUGCUUCAGAGAUUCUGCUUGUAACUUAGAAAUAACAAUAAAUAAACUCAGGUAAAGAUCACAUAGCACAUACUAUUUCUAAUAGCAGUAAUAAGACUAUCAUUUAAAAAUAUUCAUUGGAAGUUGGAAUGACUGCAAAUUUUUAUAAUUGUUUCUCCAUGAGAACCUCUACUCAUAAAAUACUCAUAUAAUACACUGGGUUUUGUGUUUGGUGUGCUUUGCAGGUGUUUAGUAGUAGUGUAGUAGUAGUGUAGUAGUAGUGUAGUACAUAAGUAACUACAUAAGGAUGGAGAUUUUAUUAUCAUCAUUUUCAGAGCCAUAAGGCUCCCCAUACACGCAGUAGUUCCCAGUAAAGAAAUAAAGCACACAAAGGCCACACAGUGACAAAAAGUCGCUUUGAAAAAUCCGUUUUAGUAUCAAAACAGAGUUUUUCUUUAGUUGAUCAGUAUGUAAGUGAGUACAAAGGAUUUCUAUCACUUCAGUUUUGUGUGUACCAAUAUCUGCAGCAGCCAGGGGGAGAUUUCAGAGCCAGCAGUGAUUGCACUGGCACUGGGGUGGCUCCCCUCGUGCCCUGGAGUUCUCUUGCACUUCAUUGUUCACUGAAGAUUUCCCAGGAUUGCUGCAAACUCCAGAGACUCACUGAGCUGCAGCAACUGUUUGCAUGAUAUCAUUCUAACUGACCAAGGUGUUCAAACAAAAAAGAGCUCCAAGAAAUCAGCACAGGCAGCUCCCUCUAACUCCUUAUCACUUAGAGGGGAAAGGUUUUCCUCUUUAACCCUGCUGCAGGAUCUCCUUUGUGUUCUGCAGCCAUCAACAGCUACUGCUUGAGUCAGCACUAAGCCCUUGGCUUUCACAGCACUAAGGCAGCAGCCAGUGUUUGUUCUUCCCUUCUUCCCAAGAAAUGACUCACAAUCAUCAACAUCCCACCUUUUUUUUUACAUCCACUUCCAAAUGCCCACAAAAUAAUAAUAUUUUACUUUUUCCCAUAUUCUUUACAAAUAAUGGAGAAGUGAGUCAUAUCCUUUGGAAAGAUUACCCAAGAAGAACACAUAGCAGGAGUAACUUCAGACACUUUACUUGAAAACCAGAAUAAAGAAUGACUUGGAAUCAGACUCUGGAAAUUGAAGUUAAAUUGUAGUUUAGCUACUAACCAUAACCUGUGUACACUGUUCUUUGGACAACCAAGAUAACUGUAAAAAAAUACUUAAAUCCAGUGUGCUUUCUUGUCAUUGCCAGGUUUGUAUGUCUUGCUUAUUUUAAUCAUGUGGUAUGUGGUUCUUCAGUUUAUUUUAAGUUCAUAAGAUCUUACUCUUGUCUGACUUAUAUAAACAGGUAUAAUAAUGAUUAAUAUGUCAUUUAGUAGCAAUUAAAUCACUUUAAUUCAGGCCAGAUAAAAGGGGGACUUCACUGGCUUUUGGAGAGUUAUAUUAAAGAAUCAAAGCUGCCACCAAAUACCCAGUGUUUAUAUGAAAUGAAAUCCAAAUCCAGAUGAGCCAUGGUUUGAUUUUGAAAAGCAAAAUAAAUUCAUUGUCUAGUAUCUACA